AUGGGCUCGUUGGGAGGACAGUCCAAGUUGCCACCCAUCCUCGACUUCUCAGCCUUUCGUAGUAAAGACGCCGCAUUGAGGGCCGAAUUCUUGCACGAGCUGGGACAAGCCUGUCGAGACAAGGGUUUCUUCCAGCUCACCAACCACGGCGUCUCACCCGAACUCCAACAAAGGAUCUUCGCCGCCGCCAAAGAGCUGUUCGACCUGCCGCUGGAAGAAAAGUUGAAGGCGAGACUGACGCCCACGACCAAAGGGCGAGGCUACGAGACGAUAGGAGACCAAAUGCUGGAGCCCGGUGCGGCCCCGGACACCAAAGAGGCCAUUUACCUGGGCGAAGACCUCGCCGCGGACCAUCCGCGCGUGCUGCAGGGCGAAUACGGGUGUGGCUCCAACAUCUACCCUCGGUCGCUGGGGCCGCGGUGGCACGAGACCUGCAUGGAGUACUUUUACGCCAUGACGGCGCUGGCGCAAGAGGUCAUGCGCGCGCUGGCCUGCGCCCUCGACAUCCCCGAGGACUACUUUGACCGGUUCACCGAGUCGGCGCCCACGGCGACGCUGCGUCUGGUCCACUACCCGCAGACGCCGCAGACGGUGUCUGACGACGACGACAACGAUAACAAAGCGCGCGGAUGCGGCGCACACCGCGACUUUGGCUGCGUCACGCUGCUCCUGCAGGACCAGGUCGGCGGGCUGCAGGUCCAGGACGAGGAGACGGGCGAGUUUCUCGCCGUCGACCCCUGCCCCGGCGCCUACGUCGUCAACCUGGGCAACCUGAUGGCCCGCUGGACCAACCACCACUACACCUCCAACACGCACAGGGUCAUGAACUUGUCGCCCGCGGACCGCUACUCGAUCCCCUUCUUCUUCAGCGGCAACGCCACCUACACGCUCGAGACCAUCCCGGGCCUGGAGCAGCGGCCGCCGCCUGCCCUGGCGAGGAAAUACGGACCCGUCAUCCCUCCCGAGCCGUACGGGCCCGUCUCCGUCACGGACUUUCUUCGCGACCAGUUCGUGCAGUCGUAUAAGCGUGCCAGCGACUACAGACCAGAGCCGAAGACGGUUAACGCCUCUACAUAG